UUCUGAACGAGAUAGAGACUUCAGACGAGCAAAGAAAAGGCAGAACGUCUCUCUCUCUCUCUCUCGGCGUUUGCGUAGGGUUUAAACUCUGAAACCAAAAACCUCUCCUCUCUCUCUCUGCUUCGAAUCGAAUCAUGCGAAGAUUCAAUUCAGUUCUGCGGAGUUUACAGGCGCGACGAACAUUUGACUCCUCCGCCCUCGGAUUGCGACCAGGGUCUCAGAAGCCCUUCUUGUUCCAGCGUUACAUUCACGCUACAGGGAUAUCUUUCUCCAGUGCUCGUAAUUACUAUGAUGUUCUUGGUGUUUCUCCCAAAGCUACCCGCGAAGAGAUUAAAAAGUCAUUCCAUGAGCUUGCGAAAAAGUUCCACCCUGAUACAAAUAGAAAUAAUCCUUCCGCUAAAAAGAUGUUCCAGGAAAUAAGAGAGGCAUAUGAGACUCUGGGAAACUCUGAAAGAAGAGAAGAAUAUGAUAAGCUGCGUUAUCGGAAUUCAGAAUAUGUAAAUAAUGACGGUAGUGGUGCAGAGAGGUUCAGACGUGCAUACCAGUCCAAUUUCUCGGACUCGUUCCACAAGAUUUUUUCUGAGAUUUUUGAAGACCAAUCUAGUCAGCUUUCAUCUGAUAUUCGGGUUGAACUGACGCUCUCUCUUUACGAAGCUGUAAAAGGGUGCACAAAGCGUUUAGAAUUUGAUGCAUUUGUUUUUUGCGAUUCCUGUGAUGGGCUUGGCCACGCUCUUGAUGCUGCCACGAGAGUUUGUCCAACAUGCAGGGGCCUUGGACGAGUAACUAUUCCUCCUUUUACAGCACAAUGCCAGACGUGCAAGGGGUCGGGGCACAUUGUUAAGGAGCACUGCAUGUCUUGUAGGGGAUCUGGGGUCGUGGAAGCCACAAAGACGGUUGAAGUUGUGAUCCCUGGGGGGGUGGAGUCUGGCGCUACGGUCGCAAUCGAUAAUGCUGGUCAUGUAAGAUCAAGAACCAGUCAACCUGGAAAGUUGUAUAUCACAUUUAAGGUUGCUAAUGAUUCGACAUUCUCCAGAGAUGGCUCAGAUAUUUAUGUGGAUGCUAAUAUUAGCUUUACACAAGCCAUUUUGGGAGGCAAAGUUGUGGUGCCAACACUGUCAGGCAAGACAGAGAUAGAUGUAAGAUUCGCCUCCAGUGAGAUCUAUAGUAUAUUUCGUGCAUGG